AUGAUCACAACCACAUCGACGAAAUACAUCCUCGUAACUUUAACUAUUCUGGAUUUAUUCAACACAGUUGUUGCAUCUUCAUCAGAGGUCAGAACUCAAAAAGACUUGAUAAGCGACCUAUACAAGAAUGGUUUUAUAAAAUCUUGGACUGUUAAACAAGUGAUGACUCUUGUUGACCGUCAAUUCUUUGUUAGGCAAAACCCAUACGAAGAUAGUUCACAACCAGUCGAAUAUGGUGCAAGAAUCGCUGCGCCAAGAACGCAUGCACGUAUCCUGGAUGGUUUAGUCGGUCAUCUCAAGCGAGGUGUGAAAGUUUCGUGUGUUUUGUGCGACAGUGGAUACUUAAUAGCAUGUAUGGCUGUUCUCGUCACUGCUAAAGGUAUAGUUAUAGGAGUUCAAACUAAUCUUGCCUUGACCAUUAUAAAUUAUGAGAAUAUUGAAAAAUGGAUUGCAAAUACUGAUCGUGUGAAAUCAUUUGGUUUUAAAAAACAUGUACCAUUCCUACUUUUCACUCGUGAUCACACAAGUAAAUAUGUGCCCGGUGAAGAACUUGAUGCGAUUUACUAUCAUGGAGAUGUUCCAUGUACCCUGAAAGUAGAUCGUUUGAGACCCGGUGGUCGCCUGAUUUAUGAAAAAAGUACUGGAAGCGAUGAUCCUGAAUUAAUGGUGGUAGAUAAAUUAUCCAACGGCUCAUUGUAUGAAAGAUCACUGACUGAUGUGAUGAUGGAAUCUGCUAAAGAAGAAGAAGUCAAAACAGGAGAAGGGGAAGAAUUGGGAGGAGUGGAGGAUUUAUUACCGCCUCGGCCUGCUCUCCCUGGGAUGAUCACAACCACAUCGACGAAAUGCAUCCUCGUAACUUUAACUAUUCUGGAUUUAUUCAACACAGUUGUUGCAUCUUCAUCAGAGGUCAGAACUCAAAAAGACUUGAUAAGCGACCUAUACAAGAAUGGUUUUAUAAAAUCUUGGACUGUUAAACAAGUGAUGACUCUUGUUGACCGUCAAUUCUUUGUUAGGCAAAACCCAUACGAAGAUAGUUCACAACCAGUCGAAUAUGGUGCAAGAAUCGCUGCGCCAAGAACGCAUGCACGUAUCCUGGAUGGUUUAGUCGGUCAUCUCAAGCGAGGUGUGAAAGUUUCGUGUGUUUUGUGCGACAGUGGAUACUUAAUAGCAUGUAUGGCUGUUCUCGUCACUGCUAAAGGUAUAGUUAUAGGAGUUCAAACUAAUCUUGCCUUGACCAUUAUAAAUUAUGAGAAUAUUGAAAAAUGGAUUGCAAAUACUGAUCGUGUGAAAUCAUUUGGUUUUAAAAAACAUGUACCAUUCCUACUUUUCACUCGUGAUCACACAAGUAAAUAUGUGCCCGGUGAAGGACUUGAUGCGAUUUACUAUCAUGGAGAUGAUCCACGUACCUUGAAAGUAGAUCGUUUGAGACCCGGUGGUCGCCUGAUUUAUGAAAAAAGUACUGGAAGCGAUGAUCCUGAAUUAAUGGUGGUAGAUAAAUUAUCCAACGGCUCAUUGUAUGAAAGAUCACUGACUGAUGUGAUGAUGGAAUCUGCUAAAGAAGAAGAAGUCAAAACAGGAGAAGGGGAAGAAUUGGGAGGAGUGGAGGAUUUAUUGCCGCCUCGACCUGUUCUCCCUGGGUAA